AUGGGCCUCGACAAUGAUACGAGAGGAUGGAUCAUGACCGGCGUGAGCGGAAUAGCUUGCGUAUUCGGCUCCAGCAUAAUAUGUGUAGACCUAAUCAUACAGCAUAUCCCCGGAAAGCAGAAUUUCCGGAUACAAGACAGCAAUACCUUUCUCUCUUCAUCUCUAAGUUUAAGCUUCGGUGUAAUGCUUUUUUCCUCUCUGUAUAGCAUGUUACCAGAGGCCAAGAGUUACCUAACUGAUGGUGGUCUUGCUCCCGAUACCGCUGCCUAUGCUACGAUUGGCUGCUUCUUGGGUGGCGUCAUAGGAAUUCAAUUCGUUUCACGUUUACUGCAUCAUUACAUACCUUCUCAUGUUGUGGACUGCGAUCAUUCUCAUGAUGAAGACGAAGGCGAUGAGGAAUUCAACCAUGAAGACCAUCAUCAUGACUCCCACGGCCAUAAGCACAAUGGCAACGUAACCGAAGAGACACCACUACUCCUUUCUCAGGACGAGUCCGAUUUAAAGUCUAUCCCAGAACCAAGAUCCAGAUCUGCGGCCGCGGAAAUGGAUCAGAGACAUGACGCUCUGGAACCUGCAGCCCGGAGGCCGUCUUUACAGACUCGACUGACUAAUCGGAUGUCAACUUUCGUAUCCGGAGCGCAGCGAUCAUGCGAUGAAGGUGGUCCCUGCUAUGGCUACAGCGAACCAUGUGGCCAAGAAUGCUUCAAGGCUGUUAGCCGAAGUCCAACAAGAGCCCCCACAAGAGCUCCUACCAGAGCAUUUGGUCGCUUCUCCAUCUCUGGCCCAUCUGGCAAACCAUCUCUUCUCCGUACUGCGACGGCACCACAUACUCGCGCUAGAUUAGGUCGCCGCAUUGGCCUUGAUGAAGAAAUCGCUCAGAUCUCCCCCAGGCCGACCAUCCCCAGAAGACCCGAAGGAUCUUCUAACGCGGUAUUCAGGGGCCGGGAAGGGAAUCGUGCCCGAGCUGCGUCUCAUUUAAACACUGAAAUGAGCCACGAGGACGGAGAAGACGGCAUCGGAAAUGGCGACGAUGCUCGUACCUCCACAUCUUCUCUGAGUGAGACAGCUAAUGAUCCUUCACAUCAUCAUCAUGUUCCCACCAACGCUUUUCUCGCUAUCGGACUACAGACGUCAAUCGCCAUUGCCCUACAUAAACUCCCGGAAGGAUUCAUAACUUAUGCUACAAAUCACGCCAACCCUAAGCUAGGUUUCACUGUCUUCAUGGCCCUCUUUAUCCACAACAUUACCGAAGGCUUUGCUAUGGCUCUCCCAUUGUACCUCGCGAUCAACAGCCGAUGGAAGGCGAUGUUUUGGAGCUCGCUCCUGGGAGGUGUCAGUCAGCCACUAGGCGCCGGCGUUGCCGCUCUUUGGUUCAAGAUCGCUGGCAAGGGAGAUGCGGCUCCCGGCGAUGUGGUCUACGGAUGCAUGUUCGCCAUUACCUCUGGUAUCAUGGCCAGUGUCGCUUUGCAGCUCUUCUCGGAAAGUCUGAGCCUGACUCAUAACCGGAACCUUUGCACUGCUUUCGCGUUCAUUGGCAUGGGAAUAUUGGGAAUCAGCUUCGCCUUGACAGCUGGCUGA